AUGAAUGGGGAAUCCAUUGCUCGACUAGCCGAUUUUCGUAGCUCAGUGCCGGAAAAAGUGCUGUGGCGCUCGAAGAAUAUCCAGCCAACGGAAGGGCGUUUCUCUGCAGGGAUCUUUGCAGCUGCUGGGUACAGAUGCCUAGCGUUCGAUAUGCCUGGCUGUGGAAAAACUGGUGGAUUGACAGUUCCAGAUGCCGAGAAAGCGGAAGUUAUACCAUUAAUAAUGCGUGCCUUUGAACUAGACUCCGUGAUACUUGUCGGACACAGUAUGGCUGGAAAGUACAUUGUUCCGAUGCUUGGAACUAGUGGAAUAGCGGGUAUCGUUGCUAUUGCACUAUCGAAUACAAAUGAAUUGCCGUCAGCUGUUGAAAGCAUUCAAACAUCUCUUCUUGUUAUUUGGGGUGAAAGAGAUACAAGUUUGGGACCAAAUGCUGCCUCCAAUCUCAGUAGACUGCCCAAAUCCAGGCUAGUUUUCGAUCGUUUUUGCCGUGUAUCAUUAGAGCAAUAAAG